UCCCAGCAUUAUGUCCGGAGGCCUCCUCAAGGCGCUGCGCAGCGACUCCUACGUGGAGCUGAGCCAGUACCGGGACCAGCACUUCCGGGGUGACAAUGAAGAGCAAGAAAAAUUACUGAAGAAAAGCUGUACUCUGUAUGUAGGAAAUCUUUCCUUUUAUACCACAGAAGAACAAAUCUACGAACUCUUCAGCAAAAGUGGUGACAUAAAGAAAAUCAUUAUGGGCCUGGAUAAAAUGAAGAAAACUGCAUGUGGCUUCUGCUUUGUGGAAUACUAUUCGAGAGUUGAUGCAGAGAAUGCCAUGCGGUACAUAAAUGGAACUCGCCUGGAUGACCGCAUCAUUCGCACAGACUGGGAUGCAGGCUUUAAGGAGGGCAGACAGUAUGGCCGGGGACGCUCUGGGGGCCAGGUCCGAGAUGAGUAUCGGCAGGAUUAUGAUGCUGGGAGAGGAGGCUAUGGGAAACUGGCACAGAAGCCAGCCCACCAGUGA